AUGUUCAGAAAUAACUACGAUAACGACUCUGUCACCUUUUCACCCCAGGGCCGGAUAUUUCAGGUCGAAUAUGCUCAAGAGGCUGUCAAGCAAGGUUCGGUGGUGGUCGGAGUCGCCAGCAAGAAGCAUGUCGUCUUGACUGCUGUCAAGAGGAACGCAGAGGAAUUGUCGUCGUACCAGAAAAAGAUCGUGGGUGUUGAUGAUCACCUUGGGGUCGCACUUGCAGGUCUCGCCUCUGAUGCUCGCGUCCUUUCGAACUUCAUGAAGCAACAGUCGCUGUCUUCCAAGAUGACCUACGGUCGGCCCAUACCGGUGGAACGGAUCGUCAAUAUGAUCGGGGAUCGUGCCCAAACGAACACACAACACUACGGCAAGCGACCAUAUGGUGUUGGACUGCUGGUUGCAGGUGUGGAUGACCUGGGACCACAUCUAUUCGAGUUCUCGCCCUCCGGUCUUACUCAAGAGAUGCUCGCCUGUGCGAUCGGUGCUCGAAGUCAGAUGGCUCGCACAUAUCUAGAGAGACAUCUGGACGCAUUUGCGGACUGCAGUCGGGAUGAAUUGAUCAAGCAUGCAUUGCAGGCCUUGAAGGAGAGCCUUGCACAAGAUAAAGAGUUGACGGUCGACAACACCAGUUUGGCGAUCAUCGGAGUAGGCGAGCAGGAUGGCAGAAAGAAGACUGAGCAUUUCAAAUUGUACGACGGACAGGAUAUUGCUCCUCUGCUGGAGGCUGUUGCAGAGUCAACGUCGGCAGAAGACGCCGGUGGCGAGGCUAUGGAGACGGACUCGUAG